AUGGUAGAAUUGGAUUACUUAUUUUUGGGAUCUGUUGGUUUCUUAACGAUAGCGCUAAUGCUUAUCAUACUGCGCAUUAUUAAAUUAUAUUUUGAUGAGAAACAAGCUCGAAAGCGUAAAGAAGCAUUAAGCGCAAUGGCAGCUGACGAGCAUGCUGCAAGAAAUGAGCGUGAUGUUGUUGUGGUUGGUGGACGACGAGUACAAACAGCACGUCGAAGAGUGCGACACAAUGUAGAUGAUGGUAAUAAUGAUGAUAUGGGUUUCGUAAGAAAUGCUAUCGACCAAAAUGGUGAUAUUUCUGAGCAGGAAGAUUUGCCAUCAGCUGAUCUAGCCAGAGAUGAGCAUUUUGGCAAAAAGAAGUUGGCGAAACUUCAAGCUAAAGAAGAACGACGGAAACAAAGAGAAGCUGAAUUGUUGGAGCGAGAAGAACGAAAGAAAUUGGAGCAGGAAAAAGAAAAACGCCUGCAGAAAGAACGUGAAAAACAAAUGGAACAAGAGGAAGAGGAACGUAAAAGGAAAUGUCGGGAAAGAGAAGAACGUGAGAAACGAGAGGAAGAGGAAUAUAAAAAGCUUCGAGAAACGUUUGCUGUUGAUGAAGAAGGAUUUGACCAAACUGAUGGAGAGGAAUCACAGAAUCUUCUACGCGAUUUCGUUGAGUAUGUUCGAAAAACUAAAGUUGUUAAUAUAGACGAAUUAGGUGCUCAUUUCAAUCUGCGCACAGAAGAUGCGGUGGACCGACUUAACUUUUUGGUAGGCAAUGGCACUUUGACAGGAAUAAUGGACGAUCGCGGGAAAUUCAUUCAUAUUACUUCAGAAGAACUUCAAGCCGUUGCAAAAUUUAUCAACCAGCGUGGUCGAGUGUCGAAAGCAGAAUUGAUUGAGUAUAGUAAUAAAUUAAUUGCCUUAGAAUCACGGUGUGUGGAACAUGUAUCAGAAUUGACAGCCGCAUGA